CACACACACACACACAGGGACGGGAGGUGGUGAGGCUGCUCUGGCAGACCGAGCGAGUGUGUGAUGAAGUGAGCAUGGCUUUAGCACUAGCAGCAGUGUGUGAGAUUUGAGCAGGCCGGUCACAUGUUUAACAGGUCAGUGAUGAACACACAGCAGUAUGAUGAACUACACUGGACCCACGGCAGAUGGUUCGGGCACAGCCUGCUCUCCGCUGGUUAGCAGCAUGCUGUUGGCUCCAGAGCAGCAGGAUCCUCUGGCUGCCGUGCCCAGUGUUGAUGAGCUCAGUCUGGGCCUGCUGUCUCUGAGCUUCCCCUACUGGAAGCAGCAGCCCUGGAGCCGCCCCGAGUCCCAGCGGCCGACCCAACCCUGCUCCCAAACGCCCGCGUUGGAUCUCUUGGGUGCUUCAGAAGGCGCUGAUUCGGGUCAGCAGCACUCUUUCCGGGCCCACGAGUCUGCGUCUGGAGAUCCACUGGAGCGCUUCUCCAGCCUGAUGGCGGCGCUGGAGCCUCACGCUCUGCUGCACUCAGGAUCCAGCAGUCCCGUCAACUCAGAGAACAGUGUGAUCUCGUCAGGAUCUGACCACCUGGUCUCUCUCAGAGUCUCUCCUCCGUUGCCCCUGUUGCUGCCCAGACUGCAGGCGGAGGGUGUCAACCUAGACACAGAUGCUCGUGUAGAGCAGAAUCGCCUCAACACCUUUACAAGCGCUCCCAGCGCUCGGGCCGAGGGGUCAGAGGUCGGGUGCUGGUCCACUGGUCCCGUCUGGCCCGGCUGGGACGCUUUGGGCUUGAACAAACCCACGUUCUGCAUCGAGAGAGAGGCAAAACUACAUAAACAAGCUGCAGCCGUAAAUGAAGCCACUUACACCUGGGAGGGACUUCUUCCUCCACGUCACUACAAAAACCCUGUUUACUCCUGUAAAGUGUUUCUGGGAGGAGUGCCAUGGGACAUCACAGAGGCGAGUCUUUUGAACACAUUCAGUGUUUUUGGUCCAUUGAAAGUCGAGUGGCCUGGGAAAGAUGGUAAACAUCCACGCUGUCCUCCGCAAGGUUAUGUGUAUCUGCUGUUUGACUGGGAAAAGUCAGUGAAGACGCUCCUGCAGACCUGUACUCAGCACCGUCUGCAGUCUGACGAUUAUCUUGAGUUCUACUACAAACUGUCCAGCAGGCGGAUCCAAAGCAAAGAAGUACAGGUCAUCCCCUGGGUGAUCUCAGACAGCAAUUUCAUCCGCUGUCCCUCCCAGCGCCUCUGCCGCAGUAAGACGGUGUUCGUGGGCGCUCUGCACGGGAUGUUAAACGCAGAGGGUCUGGCCCACAUCAUGGACGAGCUCUUCGGAGGGGUCAUGUAUGCAGGCAUCGACACAGACAAGCACAAAUAUCCCAUAGGCUCUGGCAGAGUGACGUUCAGAAGUCAGAGGAGCUACUUGAAAGCCGUGACCGCAGCGUUUGUGCAGAUAAAAACCUGCAAGUUUACCAAGAAGGUCCAGAUCGACCCGUAUCUGGAUGACUCCAUGUGCCAAAUAUGUAACAGUCAGCCCGGGCCGUUCUUCUGCAGGGCUCAGGCCUGUUUCAAAUACUACUGUCGGUCAUGCUGGCAUUGGCGGCACUCUCUGGACGUGUUGAGCAGCCAUCAGCCUCUCAUGCGCAACCAGAAGAGCCUGAACCACAAAUAAACCGGCCGGCCGGCGCAGAGUUCACUGUUUUGAGGAAGGAAGUCACUGCGUUGUAUUGCACUCGCUCUCGUUCUUGUUCAUUAAGGCUCUAUGCACUCUGAAGGGUUCAUUGAUGUUUGCACAGUUAACCAGACAGCCAUCGCCAAGGAGUUGUGUUUUAGAUUUCGCAUGCACAGAUUAUUAGUUUUUAUCUCCAGGUUUGACCCUCUGAUGCAGGCCAAUACCAGUCGGUGCCUUCAGCUUCUCUUUUGUUACCAGUGUCUAAAGACCAUUAUUUUGAUUCAUUUCAUUAAUUUUGAAGGUGGGUUUACCUGUUUUUCUACGGCUGGUUUAGGUCAUAGCAUAUGAACCUGAUUUUUUAAGUUUGCCUGCCUCAAGCCUCGAAGGCCUUUUUAUUUAACCUUUUUAACACUCUAUUAAAUGGUUGAUGAGCAUCUUGGCUUGUGAAAUGCUCCAGCUUAGCAUCCACCCCGCCGUCAAUCAUCCAUCAGAUCGGACACACGUUAGCAACUCCGGAUGGUUCUCUGACCUCUGUGCUGUAUAUAGUUUUUUAACAAUCCAUAGCACUUUUUUAAUAUUAACUUCACACUACGUUUGCCAGUGGUUUUAAAAUUGUUUGUUUGAGCAGAUAGAGGUGGAAUCCUCGCGUUGAGUUUGGGAUUUUGUGUUAAAUCCUCCUAACCUUAGUUAGCCGCUCUGGUUUCUUGCUGAAGCUGUGCCAAAGAGUAUAAUCUCUUCCUCGUUGCCUUUUGCAGCCGCUUUUUAGAAUUUCAAAGUCUCUACCUCAUCGCUCUGCAAAGAUUGCCAUGGUUAUUUACAAAUGUUCUGAUUGGACAAAAUAAAGUUGUUGAAGCACUGAAA